AAACAGUCAUAUGCUGUAGGCUAUUCUGUCUGUCAUUGGCUAAAUUGUUAAUCAUGUGAGCAUUACUGAAGAUUAUGGAAUAAAAGCAUUAGAUUUGUAAGACUCUGAACAUACAGAUACAGCACACACAUCUCCAACACGCUUUAGCUAAAGCAUUAAGAAUGAAGUUCAGAGUAGCAGUUUUUCUGCUUCUGUACAAAUGUCUUGUAUUCGCUCCGAACGUCAUAUUCGCGUCAGAAUCUGCUGUCUCAGGAUUGACUUGUCCUUUGAAAACAUGCACAGAUGUACUGAAGGAACUUGGAGCCACAGAGAAGCAACUAAAAGAUCUGGAAAUCAGACAUGCUAAGUGUGAAGCUCAGAUUGAGGAAAUCAAAAAGGAAAAACAAGAUAAAGACUUUGUUCCCAAGACCAGGAAACGACUUCCUACAAUAUUCCCGUCAGCUCACUCCGGAUCUGAACACAAUGAAUAAAAACCUCCUUCUGUCUGAGGGGAACACACUGAUUACUGGCACUGACACACCGCAGUCGUAUCCUGAUCAUCCAGACAGAUUUGAUUAUUUUCCUCAGGUGUUGUGUGGAGAGAGUGUGAGUGAUCGACGCUCUUACUGGGAGAUUGAGUGGAGUGGAGAAGGUGCGGAGAUAUCAGUGGCAUAUAAGAGCAUCAGCAGGAAGGGAUGGAUUGAGUGUGUGUUUGGAUGGAAUGAUCAGUCCUGGAGUUUGAUCUGCUCUUCAUUGCUUGGUUACUCAUUCAGACACAAUGACAUACGGACUAAACUCCCUGUAAAGCCUGUCAUCACUAGAACAGUGAAUGGGAAGGAUUACUAUAGAACAGGAGUGUAUGUGGAUCACAGUGCAGGAACUCUGUCCUUCUACAGCAUCUCUGUAGACAAAAUGUGCCUCAUCCACACGGUCCAGACCACAUUCACUCAACCGCUCUAUCCUGGGUUUUGGGUUUCAUCUUAUGGAUCAGUGAAACUGAUUUGAUGAAUCAGAACAGAGAGACUCUACCCAUAAUGCUUUAAGCUGAUGAUGAAUCAGAUGUUAUAGAGUCUCUUCAUUACAUUAAUACAGUGACACUGAAAUAUCAUGUCAGAAUAAAAGUGUGUGACAGAUCA